AUGCCUUCUCCGGUUUUCCUUCUCCUCCUCACCUUCCUGAGCCACGUGGCUUCUGCCGCCCACCCUGGGCAUCUCCCUCCACCGAUGGAGCUCGCCAAGGACUUCUUCGAGCGCAUGAUGACUGCUGUCGACUCCAGGAAUGUCGUGGCUAUCAAAAAGUUCUUCUCCCCGACGGCAUUGGCUGAUCCUGAAACCUCAAAAAUCUACGAAACCAUUUCCGACGAGCUCGCUGGAUACUCUCGGACUAUCGACCAUGCCUUCUACGACGUCUUCAAGCAACCAAAGAAACACACGUGGAUUCUCAACUGCACCGUCUUCUUCCGUGGCCCCCAUCCCACGUAUUCUCGAAAGAACUUCGAUUUAACUUUGGAAAAUCAGUAUAAUAAUCCUCAGACAAUCCCAGAAGCCUGGCAAGUGAAGUCAAUGCAUCGAAAGGUGUAUUCCCGGAAGAUCUCGAAGCUGGAGAACUUCAACUCGGCUGACGCCGAACAGAUGCUCAGUCAUCUCCUCACCGAAUUCAUGCAUUCUAUCAUGACCAGAGAUAUUGGAAGGCUGGAGAGAAUCGUCUAUAUGAAAGACGAAUUCUCAAUCAGCCCAACCGGAAUGCAACAACUCUUCGAUCUCUUCAAUGGAAAUCGAGUGGAAGUCCGCUCCUACAGAAUCGUCAGCUCCGGAGAAGUGACUUCCACAAUCGUCUUCACCAAUCAGGCGACUCAAGUCGCGAAUCUCUUCUGGAUGGUCUUCAAAAACCAAUUCUCCGAGAAUCCCUUCGAAUGGAAGAUCACCGACAUGAAGUUGAUGUUCAACGAUUUCGGUCCGCCAAGGGAUUUCGCUGGAUUCGAUGGGAUUCUUAAUUUUUCUCAUUGA